AACACUUUGGGAGGUGUGGCUCAUGCUAAGCCCCUCAUUCCUUAUUCUUCUUCUUCAUACUUUUCGAUCCAUGUUUCUCUCUCUCUCUCUCUCUCAAUGCGUUGACUCUCUCUCCGCCAUAGUCUCUGUCGUCGCUACGCCAUCUCAGUCGCCGCUCGCUUUUCCUCUCUCUUUCUCUGUGCCUCUCUGGGUCGCUUCUUUCUUCCUCUUAACUUGUCAGUUGAGUGGCAUGAUCUGUUCUGUUUUCCUCUUGGAUGGUCAAAGGCGCUUUUUGCAAUGAUUCAACCCACUUAUUCAGUUCUUGGUGGCUUGCAUUGAUUAUUGUAUGGACUUUUCUUUUGUUAUGUUCUCGAGGAGAUCAAUCCUCAAUUUUGGCGGCCCUAAGAGAUAGAUUCGACGAAACAUUUGUUGCAUUUGUCAACUGAAUCAUAAGCAUAAUUGAAAUGGAAGGUGAUAUAUUUGGAGAAUUAGGCAAUACAACUCAAGUAGAUAGUAGAAUUCUACAAAUAUUUCAAAAGAACUUGUUGCAAGCCCAAGAUAUCUUGAACCAGAAUAGGCUACUAAUCAAUGAGAUAAACCAAAACCAUGAAUCCAAGAGGCCCGAUAACUUGAGCAGAAAUGUCGGUUUGAUUCGAGAGCUCAACAGCAACAUCAGAAGGGUGGUUGAUCUCUAUGCUGAUCUUUCUGGUUCUUUCACCAAGUCUCGGGAAGCUUCAUCUGAAGGGGACUCAAGUGGAACUUUGAAAUCUGAUGGAAAAAUCAGUCAGAAGAGAAUUAGAUCUACCUGAUUGAUCAUUGAUAUUUGAGUUUGAAAGCAGUUAAAUCAACAUGUUCAUUCUAAUGGCGGAUAGAAAUUGUCGAGUGGGACUAUGUAAGUACUCUCCAAAUUAUUUUUUGUGUUCCAUAUUGGGUUUAUGUCUGGAGGGCAUAGAGCUUUAGUUAAUGAUCUAAUCUCUUGUACCAAUUUGUGUACCAUAUAAUUGUAAUUUCAAACAACUCGUUAGCCCCGUGAAAUGGAAAACAGUGGGCCAUUAAUUCAAUUUUCCAAGCUUGAACUUAUUUAACA